AUGGCUACCAAGGAGUUCCUCUGCAUCCUUCCCGACAAGCCCGAUGCGCUUGCCCGGCGCUUGGAGGUCCGACCUACGCAUCUCGAGAAUGCCCAGGGCCACAAGAGCAACGGAAAGAUUGCUGUCGGUGGCGCCAUGUUUGAGAAGGAACACCCCGUCGAGGGCCAAACCCCCGGUUUCAAGGGCAGCGUGAUGAUCUACACCGUCAAGGACGCCGAGGAAGCCUGGGAACUCAUCAGAGGCGACGUCUAUGCUAAGAACGACGUCUGGGACCUCGAGAAGGCUCAGGUCAUUCCGUUCAAGUCGGCUAUUCGCGAGUCUUUGUAA